GUAGUUCUGGAAAGUUAUAACUUAAGUAAAAAACUUUCUUCAGGUAGAAUUUGCGAAAGAAAGCGUACUAUUUUAUGGCGUGACGAAAAAUAAGCGAAUAAGUGUCACGAACGUGAUGACGUCACACGUGUGCAAGUGAAUACAAGGGUUAUCAAGCCAUGUUGAAACAAACUGAUCGAUACGYAMACCAUAUUCCUUGCAAAAUAAAGUCAUGAAACCGAUACGAGURUUUGUGUACUUAUAUAUGUUACGCAAGUGACAGGCUCACAAAUUUCACAAUAGCAAAAAUUAAAGCUUUUACGGUCAUUUCUAUUCUGCUUUUGUAUAAGGACCUGUAAGAGAUGGCGAGUUCUAUUGCGGGUCAAAAGCGAAAACGUAGAUAUGGCAAACGAUGUGUAGUCAUGUUUUGUAACAAGACAAAUGAGGACGGCGUAAGCUUGCACCAAUUUCCAAAGGAUGCAAGCUURUGUCAAAAAUGGAAUAAGUUUGUUCUCGCCAAGCGCGAUGGAAAAGCGUGGAGCUCAGGAACGGGACACAUAUGUAGCGAUCACUUCGUAGAAAGCGAUUAUGAAGGUUACGGAGCGAAAAUAGCCGGUUUUUCUAGCAAGCUAGUGCUUAAAAAGGGUGCUAUCCCAUCUGUUCAACCAAGUCCAACUCCCGAUCAACUUCAGAAGGCUCGUAAGCUGGCUUUUGGCACGCCAUCGCAAGGAACUUCGAAAGACGAUACGGACGUCACCCCGAAAAGACGUACUGAUCGAGGUGCAAGCGCUGUCACUAAACUGCGCGCCCACCGGGUGAGUUUUACCAUGAAGCAAAUAGAGUUUUCUCCCGAUGUCGAAACACAAGAAACUUCCAUUAUUGAACCUAUGGCAGCUGCUUAUGGCAUGGAUAGUGUAGAUAUGUCAAACUCAGAUACCUCGAUUAGUGAUUGUCAUAGUACCCGUCGUUCCCCGGUAACGGCAAAUAAAGCCACACAAAAAUCUUACCAAAGACCAGAAAGAAGGAGCAAAGCUAUCGAAACAGAGUCUCAGGAAUUCAAAAAAGAACUAAAAGAAAUAGGUGUGCAGUGCAAUCUUGUAAGUCUUCCCCCGCUUGGUACAGUCGAGUGCAGUCAAACUGACUCUGAUGAUGAUGACGAUGGCAAUGAUGAAGGGGAAAUGUACUGCCCACUCACCUCUGAUAGCGAUGAAGAAAUGAAAGAAACGAAAGAAAUGACUUCAGAGGAACAGGAAAAACUAAAAGGAUCCAGAAAAUACCAUACCGAAAGGAAGUAUAUAGUUUUUGAAAGUUAUUUGUUAGAGUUGUUCCGCUGGUGUCCAGUUUGCAAUGGCCCAUCYGAAGGGAAGAUUGUUGAUACAAUGGGCACUUUUAUCAAAAUAGUCCAAAAAUGCAAAGACGCUGAUUGUCAGCAGGAAAAAGUGUGGACGAAUCAGAAUUUCGUCCGGACAAUGCCAGUUGGAAAUCUGCUUUUAUCUGCAGCAAUACUAAUGUCAGGUCUUCCCACACAAAAAACACUGAGAAUGUUUCGCUUUAUGAAUAUUGCCUGCGUGUCAAGAUCUUCGUUUUACCGGCACACCACCAAUUAYGUUACUCCAACUAUCGUGCAGUGCUGGAAAGAAGAACAACGAUCGCUCUUACAAAAGAUGCGAAAUGAGGGGAAUGACCUUAUCCUCUCUGGUGAUGGAAGAUGCGAUUCGCCAGGGCAUAGUGCUAAAUUUGGCUCUUACACCGUCAUCGAGCAGAAGACAAAUCGCGUUCUCGAUUUCCAACUUGUGCAGAGCAAUGAAGUAAAGAACAGCUCCUGGAUGGAAGUGGAGGGUUUAAAGAGGAGUGUGGCACUCUUCGAAACUCAGAAUUUGUCAAUAGACAUAUUAAUA